AUGAUAUUUUUUGGGAGCGGGAGCAACACUUUCUACGUAACUGAAGAUGAGGUAUUGAAUAACAAAGCCUUAUGUGGGGAGGGAGUUGUAGCAAAUGCUCACCCACUGUCAUAUGUUAAGCAGGAUGAUGAUGUUGGUUCCUUAGGAGGAGAUGACGGGGAUGGUGGAGGGAUUGGCACUGAAGUGCAUGAUUUUGGUGAACUAAAUAAACUCGUGGGAGUUAUCACAAGGGAUGCUUUGAUUACUUCCCCUGUUCAGAAGGUGUGUGAGGACCAGACAUCAGGAAAGGAGCCUGAAUCUAAGGAGAAGUUAGCUGCAGAAGAAAAGGGAGAUGUGGGAGAAACGGAGGUUGAGAAGGUGACAAUUCAUCAGGAGAAGGAUGAAGCCGUAGAGGAGGAAGCUGUUAAGGAGGGGCGCUUUAAGGAGAAGGAGGAUGGUGCAUUGCAGGGUGUUGAAAAUGUUGGUGGGAGCGAGGGAUUAGUAAAUGUCGCUGUUGAGGAGAAGGGAGAUGUUGCGGGGACAACAUGCGAGGUGGCUGCGGCUGAUGGGGUUGAAGGUGGAAACGAGGGUGAAAGUGCUGAGGAUAAGAUGUUGGCUAGAGAGGAAACAUUGGUGGAGUUAAGUGAUUCUUCUCCAUGCCCUAGGAGUGAGAAGCAUAAGCCAGUUGAGAAGGAAGCCGACUUGGCAUCCCUUUUGUUGGCUAAGGAACGAUUUACGAUGGAUAAACUCGUUCCUGAGGUGGAGGAUCCUGAUUAUGCUUUCUUUGAAAGUGUUUUGGUUCUGAAUCCUAAAGUGCUCCAUCUUAAUGCAGGGGGUUAUAAUCUGGAAAAUCAGUUUUUUCUGGACUUGGCGGCUCCUCGGAAAUGGGUGUCAACAGAGCAUAUGGAAGCAUUGAUAGAUUACGUGGGGGUGAGACAUGACGAAAGGCUGAGACAGAGGCGAUGCAUUUUCCUUAAGCCAUGGUUUGUAGCCCAUCUGCAAGGGAAAGCGCGUUCUUUCAAUGCUGCAAAGUUCAACAAAGGAAGGGUGGUUGGUGAUGGCAGGCUGUCAUCCUUCUUAACAAAGGAAGGAAAGAGAUGGAGAGAGGAUGUGGACACAUUGUACACUCCUAUGAUUUGGGAUGGGAACCAUUGGGUUGGGCUGUGCAUUAGUUUGACUGAUUGGAGGGUACUGGUGCUUGAUCCUAACCCCAAACUGAAGGAUAUGGGAGCAGUGCGUGGUUUGUUGGAUUCAGUAGCACAGAUGCUUCCGUAUUUGGUAGAGAAGGUAUGUCCACCACCAGUGGAAGGGGCAUACAAUUAUGAACAUUUUUUAGUGGAAAGAAUGGGGGGGAGUUACGAGAAUAGGCGGAGUGGUGAUUGUGGGCCUGUUGCUAUAAAGUUCAUGGAGCUCCAUGCUUUAGGAAACCCACACCCAAGGAUGGAUGGCUUGACGGAUGAUCUAGUGGACCUGAUUAGGAAGCAGUUUGCGAUGGACCUGUACAAGGACUGGGUUGUUCCUCUUUACAUAGGUGAUGAGAUGAACUGA